AUGCAGACCAAACCCACAGGCCAAGCAAUCCAUAAAAGAGAAAUACUGUACAGUUCUUGAUAAUUCUCUAAACUCUAAGUCUACAAUGGCAGUAGAACCAGGCAGACUAUCCAGAAGUAUAAUACUGAAGGAAGGAUUCCUCUACAAGAAAGGCGGGAUCAUCAAGAGCUGGUCCAGGAGAUAUUUCGUACUAUCCCACCAGUCCCUCUGUUAUUUCAGGAGUGAAGAGCACAUGAAACUAGAGCCCCUUGGUCGUAUAUUCCUCAGUGAUAUUGUGAGUAUUUCUGCAGAUGGGACUGAGAAAAGAAAAGCAUUUGUGUUUGCCCUCCAUACCAAGAAAAGGGCAGUCCUACUCCAGGGGGCCAAUACUGAAGACAGGGACAAAUGGAUUGAGACUAUUCAGAAGUCACUGGAGACUGAACAAGAAGCAGAAAAUAAAGAUCCAUUUAGGAAGUCUCUCAGACGCCUCACUCCAGGUAUUAAGAGAGUUACCUUGUUUAAGGACCCACUCAAAGGUAUUGGCUGUACUGUGAAGAACUCUGCUGGACAUAUCUUUGUUAAUAAGAUCAUUGAAGAUGGACCAAUCUCUGAAACUGGGAUAUUAAGACCAGGUGAUGAAUUAUUAGAUAUAAAUGGACACUCAGUGAUUGGCCUAUCGGUCAAUGAAGUGUCCUCUAUCAUUAGGGACACGCCCUCUCAGUUCCUAGCCACAGUGAGGCCAGUAGCAUCAGUUCAAAAAGCAUUGAAAGAGGAUUCAUCUAAUGCUCUGUAUUCAGACGUGGUUCACUUUAAACCUGGCAAUGGAAGGAAUGGGCUCAACGGGCAGAGUCCUCCAUUGCCGGUGAGGUUCACUAAAGUUGAUGAGGGAGGAGACAGUGACGAUGAUGUGGCUUAUGCUGUAGUGAACAAGGAGAGACAGACUAACAAUAAUGGAAGAGCUACUGGAUUUGUUAGCUGUGAUUCCCCUCCCCCUCCACCCCUCCCUCCGUCUCUCCCUCCACCACUCCCUCCUCACUGCGGGGAAAACAGUAAGCUAAACUCUCCUCCAUCUUUUGAGGACGUUGGUAACUAUGACGAUGAAGAUGAGGGGGACGUCCCUCCUCCUCUUCCCCCGUGGACAGAAGACGCUUUCAUCCUAGUGGACCCUCCCCCUUCUGCUCCUCCUAAAUUUGAUAUAUACAAGACUAACGCUCACCUCCCACCUGGUGUGGUCCCAAAGAGAACCGCUCAUCCUUAUCAAAGAUACUCUCCUCCUCAUACUAGACCAGCCUACGUCACGCAGUUAUCAUCUCCAGCUGUUAAGACUCCAAAGUUCACUACCCCUCCCUCUACUCCUCACUGCUUACGUAAAUCACCUCCAUUACUCCCACCACCUCCCAGACCAAUAGCUAAAGCACAUAAGUCUCAUUCCCAGGGAGACGGUUUAGAUAAAAUUGAUGAUGAUUGCCGCCCUCCACUUCCUCCGAGACCUCACAAGCUCCCUAACCCUGUCUUUUACAGUCCGGGCCCUAGACCAAGACGAGCUCACCACCAGUAUGGGGACAUGGACAGGUUUGCCGCUAAGAAUAAAAUGCCGAGUUAUAUUGAUAUUGAAUUUUCUAAUAAGAGGAAAGUUUUUUAGUAAAUUGUAUCUCUUAAUGUACUGUGUGCCGACUGUAGUUAAUGUAUUGUGUAUUAAUGCACCUUUUGUCUAUUUCUGUGACUUAUAAUCAUCAAUUGUCAUCUUAUUAUUAUUAUUAUUAUUAUUAUUAUUAUUAUUAUUAUUGUACAUUACAUGCACCAAUCAG